AUGAAUUUGGGCACCCCAAUUCAGUGCUCAGCCCUAUCAGAGUUGGGCUCCUUCUUGCGUCCUCUCUCAGUCACCGACGUUGAUUCUUGCGUGAUUGUAGAAUCUGCAUUUUCAGAGAGUGAGAGAUGUUCCGAAGAAAAGUUUCGUUACCGUCUCAGCCAGACACCGGAGCUGUCUAUAGGACUUUUUAUCAACGACGGGGGAAAUGACCGACUCAUCGGACACGUCAUUGGAAACAGAAUAUCUGGUGGACGAGUGACUGAAGGAUCUAUCUUGAUGCCCGAAAAUUGGCGGACUCUCGCCCACAAUAAAGCGUUCAUCGAAGACGGGCAAGUGAUCGGAAACGAUCCUAAUGGCACAGCCAUCGCUGUCCACUCCGUUGCCAUCUCCCCAGAAUAUCAGGGCAAGGGGGUUGGGAAGGCCAUGGUUGCGGCAUACAUCCAAUACAUCAAGGAUGCAAAGAUAUCAGCAGAGUGCAUAAUGUUGAUUGCUCACGACUACUUGGUACGAUUUUACGAGAGCACAGGCUUUGAGAAUUGUGGGAACAGUCACUGCCAGUUUGCUGGUGGUGGGUGGUUUGACCUGGCAAGUUUCCUAAUCGUACCUGGAUUUUGCAUCUACUGA